ACCGGCUGCAGUUAGAGAGUGAUAGUGUAGCUCCGAAAUUAUCUUGUUGCAACCAUUGUUUUCUGCUUUUUAAUCCCUGCCCUAGUCAUAAAAAGAGAUGGCGAAGGCUACACAGGCGGUGGGCAUCGACCUGGGCACGACCUAUUCCUGCGUGGGCGUCUUCCAGCAUGGCAAGGUCGAAAUCAUUGCCAACGACCAAGGCAACCGCACUACGCCCUCCUACGUCGCCUUCACCGAUACUGAGCGCCUGAUCGGCGACGCCGCCAAGAACCAGGUGGCCAUGAACCCCAACAACACCGUGUUCGACGCCAAGCGCCUGAUCGGCCGCAAGUUCGACGAGGCGUCCGUGCAGAGCGACAUGAAGCACUGGCCCUUCACCGUCGUCAACGAGGGCGGCAAGCCUAAGAUCCAGGUCGAGUACAAGGGCGAGAACAAGAAUUUCUUCCCGGAGGAGAUCUCUUCCAUGGUCCUUAUCAAGAUGAAAGAGACGGCGGAGGCGUACCUGGGUACCACAGUCAAGGACGCCGUCGUCACUGUGCCAGCUUACUUCAACGACUCGCAGAGGCAGGCCACGAAGGACGCCGGGACCAUCUCGGGCAUGAACGUUCUUCGCAUCAUCAACGAGCCGACAGCCGCCGCCAUUGCCUACGGCCUCGACAAGAAGGUGGGAGGCGAGAGGAACGUCCUCAUCUUCGAUCUCGGCGGCGGCACCUUCGAUGUGUCGGUGCUGACGAUUGAGGACGGCAUCUUCGAGGUGAAGUCCACCGCUGGCGACACCCACCUGGGCGGGGAGGACUUCGACAACAGGAUGGUCAAUUUCUUCGUACAGGAAUUCAAGAGGAAGUACAAGAAGGAUCUCUCCAGCAACAAACGAGCUGUAAGGAGGCUGAGGACCGCCUGCGAGCGUGCCAAGAGGACCCUUUCUUCCUCGACGCAAGCGAGCAUUGAGAUCGACUCUCUGUUCGAGGGCAUCGACUUCUACACCUCCGUUACCCGCGCCCGCUUUGAGGAGCUUUGCUCCGAUCUCUUCAGGGGGACGCUGGAGCCUGUCGAGAAGUCUCUCCGCGACGCCAAGAUGGACAAGGCCCAGAUCCACGAUAUCGUCCUUGUCGGCGGCUCAACCAGGAUCCCCAAGAUCCAGAAGCUGCUUCAGGACUUCUUCAACGGGAAGGAUCUCAACAAGUCCAUCAACCCAGACGAAGCCGUAGCGUACGGUGCUGCCGUCCAAGCCGCCAUUCUGUGCGGAGACAAGUCCGAGACCGUGCAGGACUUGUUGCUCCUCGACGUGACGCCCCUGUCGCUGGGCAUCGAGACCGCCGGCGGCGUGAUGACGGCCCUCAUCAAGCGCAACACCACCAUCCCCACCAAGCAGACCCAGACCUUCACCACUUACUCCGACAACCAGCCAGGUGUGCUCAUCCAGGUGUACGAGGGCGAGCGUGCCAUGACGAGGGACAACAACCUCCUGGGCAAGUUCGAGCUCACAGGCAUCCCGCCCGCGCCCAGGGGCGUCCCGCAGAUCGAGGUCACCUUCGACAUCGACGCCAACGGCAUCCUGAACGUGUCAGCCGUGGACAAGUCGACGGGCAAGGAGAACAAGAUCACCAUCACCAACGACAAGGGUCGCCUCAGCAAGGAGGAGAUCGAGCGCAUGGUGAACGAGGCCGAGAAGUAUCGCUCCGAGGACGAGCAGCAGAGGGAGAGGAUCACCUCCAAGAACAACCUCGAGUCCUACUGCUUCAACAUGAAGUCCACCGUCGAGGAUGACAAAUUCAAGGACAAGAUCCCCGACGCCGACCGCGAGACCAUUAUCAGCAAGUGCAACGAGACGAUCCAGUGGCUCGACUCGAACCAGCUGGCCGAGAAGGACGAGUACGAGCACCGCCAGAAGGAGCUGGAGAAGGUGUGCAACCCGAUCAUCAGCAAGAUGUACGCGGCGGCCGGAGGGCCUCCCGGGGGCGCGCCUGGAGGGAUGCCCGGCGGAGCGCCCCCGCAGGGCAACAGCGCCGCCGGAGGCCCCACCAUUGAGGAGGUCGAUUAAAGUACAAAGCAACGCUGCAAACUCACUUUUAUCACUGUUAUGUAUAUUGUUCGACUACACUCUUCCGACGAGACGAGUCUCACCAAUUUCUUUUGUUGGAUCAAUUCUGGAUUUAGAAUUAUUCAUUUUUUAAGAUGAAUAAAAGUCAUUUUGUAAUAUUUUGUAAUAAAAUUCACAAAUA